ACAGAUGGUAAGGAGUGCAUUAGCAAUAUACUCCCGCAUUUACUUCCCCUGAAUCGCCACGCACUGAUCAGUGUGUACCGCUUAGAAUGAGUUAUCACACAAAGUAAUCACAUUAUUUUAUUUUGGGUCCAACACAUGCAGUCAAGUCGAAAACGGCAAUCAUUGAUGUCUAUUGCGUUUACUCUUCGCUGAACGAACGUGAAGCCUCCAGUAGAAAUAAUUUUACGGAUAAAUGGCCGCUGCUCAAGUUCAUAGGAUGAAAAUAUUGAGCCUGUACAGAGAAAUGCUACGGGAAGCCCAGAAAUUCACUGGAUAUAAUUACAGGACGUAUGCAGUGAGGAGGAUACGAGAUGCCUUUCAAGAACACAAAGCAGAAACAAAUCCAGAGCUUAUAGAAGGAUACAUCAAGAAGGCUGAGGAUAAUUUGAACAUUAUCAGAAGACAGGCCACUAUCAGCCAACUUUACAGGGAACCUAAGCUGGUUAUUGAAAGUGAUUCAGUGAAGACAAGCUAACCAAAGAAAGUGUCAACUUCUGGACAGUUUCCUAUGCAAAUAACAAGGAUGAUGUAAGUGACAGUAUCUGAGGAUUUGGGGAAGCAAUAUUUUGACUCCCAAAUAUUACUUGUCUCUUCUGAUGAAGAACUUGUUUCCCAUUUUAAUCAGAGGGAGAGGAUACCAGAUGAAAGAAUGAUUGCAUCAUUGCAGCUAUGGAAUAGAAUGAGAUGGAGACAAAUAUUUCAUGAAUUUUUAGUUUGAGGUGUGCUUGUUCCUAAGCUCAUAAUGUGUACAUGUGUCAUGUGCAUGUUACAUGUCAUCAAUUUUUAACAUGCUGGCAUUUCAUUUAAAGUGGGGAGGGUGGGUUCAAAACAAGGUAAAUGAAUAGAUAAAAAAUAUUCAAAGGAUUUUUGAUGAACAUCAAAAUUUUAUAUGACACCUGUCAUCAAUAGUGAAAAUGAAAAGGUUGUCAUUUGACCCAGAUGCUUUUUCCCAGAUUUGCCAUGAGAUAUGUACUUGUUUAUUGUUUAAACUUUGAUAGGUGAAAGUGGAAUGUAUUUUUUAAUAAUUAUCUUUACCCAAGAUUCUCCUUUUUUCUGAAUAUUUCUGGAUAUGGCUGUAUUCAAGCAGCUAAGCAUUGGUCUAUGGUCAUAAUAAAGAAUUAAGAAUCCGUUCAAAACAAAAUCAUGAAAACAGGCCUGCAUGAAAAGCUAGAAUUAGUGUGUUUUGGAUAAUUAUUUUGAAGAUUCUAGAUAGCUAAAAUUCACUUGAACAAUGGAGAUUCAAUCCUUCGUGAAUGAAGUCAUUAUAUAGCCUGCAUCUUUUUCUGGCAUGCACUUACAUCACUUACAUUCAUCAGGUUUAAACUAUAAUUCCUGGUUCAAACUAUGGACCUACAUGGUCAAAUUAUGCAGUAGUGUGGCAGUAUCAAGACUUGAAUGUGGGAGGAUCAACAUUGAUAAAUUUCACUGGAACAGUCUCCCACAAUCGGUCCCACAAUCGGUCACACUGAGUGUGUGUGUUGUAUCAGAUUUUUGAUGUAUGACUUUUGCUUCAUGAUAUUAGUUUAAAGGUGCAAGAUCCUGGCGCUGUUGGACAAAACGUGUACUCACCACCAUCUUCAUUACGAAGAUCAUCAAGGUAAUUUUGCAUGCAGCUGUCAAUGACCAGCCAGUCGCGCAGCACGUGCAAAUACGCUAUACUGCUUUUGGCUACAUCGGCAUUGGUCCAAAUAUCUGCUGACCUCACUUCACACAGCAGAAGGAGGCAGAACCAACCUGCCAAGAUCUUCAAACAGCAGCCGGAGUGUAUGCGAACUGAGAAUCCUCAGAGCUUGGGCAUUCAGAAGAUGGCAUCUGCGUAACCAUGAUAACAUUGGUGUCAGUGGGCAGCUAGUGCCUUCCGCGUUGUUUACCUAUUUUAAACAUCUCCCUCUUUAAUGUAAUGCUUUCAAAACGCAAAAUAGUGCCUAAUAUUCCAUGAAUUUAUUUAUUCAAUUUAAAAUUUUGAAUUCAAAAUUCAAAAAUCCAAUGGCAAGUAUUCAACACAAAAUACAGAAGUCAAUAUGAAUACCAAGAAGAUGUAGCGUCUUCUAUAUACAUAAUGAUGACAAAUGAUAAAUAUGAAAUGUUAUAGGCAUGUGUAAAAUAUAAAGGUGUUCUUGAAUUAAUGUCAAUCUUCUAGCUGUAAUAUUAUGUGAUCCUUGAGCUACCAGAAUAUCUCCCCCAUAUAUCAAACCUUAAUGAAUAUAGUACUGAAGGCAAUUUUCUACCAUCAUGAACAUAUUGUAAUGAUUUAUGCAAGGAAUGAAUUGCUUUUGGAACUCUUCUUGUCUUAUUAAUGAGUUAUAUUUUAGAACAUAGUAUGCUAUUUAGAGUUAAUACGAUGAAAGCCACUAAGAGAAACUAAUAAAAUCUGCAGCAAAGACUAGUCUCCCCAUUACUACAAUAACCUGUUUUAACUAGUUGUUAGCAUACAUAUUACUCUUUGAACCAGCAAUUUACAGUGUAUGUGAAAGAAAUUUCUUCUAGCAGAAAUACAUCUAUGUCAGCAAUUAAAAAAAUAAUUGAAUGUAUACUUACUCGCAUAAAAAUUCAUGAUAAUGUGAUAAAAAGGAUAUUACAGGGCAUAAUAUUCAGGAUCUAUAGUGAUAAUGUUAAAUUUAGCUGUUGCUUUUGUUAUAAUCUAAAAACCAAACAAGCAAGAAAACAAACAGCAAGUUGUUGGAUGGUCUUUGUAAGCCACAUUGUUUUUUAAUAAAAAAUAUUGAGGGGGAUGAAGUUUUGGGUCUGUUUCACUGAUUCUGAAUAGUUUGCAUGCAAAUGAAUCAAACAAGUCAAAAGUUGUCAACUAUCUUUAAAUGAAUACAUGUGUAUUUUUUAAUCAGAUUUUUUUGGUGCAGUGUAUUUUUUCUUCCUUUUUUCUUUCAAUUUAUCCUCUUCAAUGUGCUCAUUCCUGAUUAAAAGAGGUUUUUGUAAAAAAAAAAAAUAUAUAUAUAUAUAAUAGAGAGACAAGUAAAAUGUGAUUCAAUGAAUUUGCUAGAAAAUCAAAGAAGUUAGAUGCAAAUUAUGUUUAUACCCUUUGUGUUUUUGCACUUGCAAAAUUGAUAUUGAAUGAUUGAGCGAUCAUUACACACCUAUUUUUUUUUAAAGUAAUGAAUGGUAAAAAUAUAGGCUAAAACAGCAUACAUACAAGAUACACAAUUGACUGAGGUUUCAUUUAGGUUUGAAAAUAUUUUGCAUUGCUGAACUGGCCAGUAUACUAUGUGUAUUUCAUUUAUUUCUCAAAGCAGAGAGGUCCAAAGCUGUCAUUGAUGCAAUUCUUGUGUAUUUUGACACAAAUUUGCCACCUUAUUUGAACUUCCCAAUCCAAAGUCUAUUUUUUGUUUUGUUUUAUUACACUGGUUUUAGUGGUUCAGUGUAAGAAAGUAUGUGUACAUAAAAUUAUGAUCAAAAUUAAUCUUUUAUUGAUACAGUAGUAAAAAUUGAAGUGAGCAUGAUUGUUUCAGUUGCAUCAUACGUACAGGGUAAUAUGAGUGGGUGUACAUUUCCAAAGACUCAUUGUAUUUCAUAAAUAAUCUUUGGAAUUGUACCCUUACCUCAAAUCUUGAUAAACUAAGAAGUCAAAGUUCACAUUGAAAGAGCCAAGGAGUGAAUGCAUAUUAUGCAAAUUGGUAGAUUAUUCCUUAAAGGCAGUGUGAUUUGUGAAACCCGACUAUGUGUUCACUGACUUUGCAUGAAGUUAGGAGUUGUAAAGGUCCUUCUAUUGCUUACACGGGUCCAGUAACACAGUUACACAGAGCUGAUUGGUUUAUGGUACGAUUGAUUUUCAUGAUCAUUCUCAAUUGUUGUCCAUGCAAUCGAUUGUUAAGCUUUAUGUUGUGUGGCCCUAAUUUGUUGAUGUUUUGGGGAGUUGCCUGCUUUCCAUCUAAUAUUGUCUUCAGGGGCCCGUCUCACAAAGAGUUGCGAUUGAUCCAAUCAAUCACAACUAUGGACGGCCAGCAACGUCAACAUCCAUUGUGCAUGUUCGUUCAAAAUAUUUUCUAUGAUGUAUGUUAAUGCAUUCAUUGUUUUCUCUUUGUUUACAAGGACAUAAUGCAAAUUUCCUGUAGAAAAAUUUAUGACACUGGUGGAUUUCCAUAGAGUUACGGUUGAUUGGAUCAAUAGUAAAUCUUUGUAAGAUGGGGCCCGUCAUAUGAUGAUGCAUUACCUUUUAAUUUGGAUCAUUUGUUAUCAUACCAAGUUUUGUGAAACAGUCCCAUGGUUUAUGUACUGCCUGUAUUAACACUUUGAAAAAUCACUCAGCAGUGUUUUGCACCUCACUCUGUCCAUGGACCAUGCUCUGUCAUAUCUGCACAAAGUCACAAAUCACAAGCAUAAGAAAAUAGCUUUUUUUUCUUCUUAAUGCCAUCUGGGUAUCCAAAGAUAAAUUAAAUUUGAAUAUUGAUUCCUGAUAAAAGUGAAAGUAACAGAAAAUUUGCCACCGGGAAUAUGUGUUCACACUUUGGCCCUUUCCAAUUUUAUUUUGGCUCUAGUUUUCUCAACCUAUCUGGUAUAUUGUAUUGAAGAGCUGUAACAUUUUUGAAUACUUUCUAUAUUCUAUAUAUGUUUUGGGGUAAGAUGUUACUUGUUGUUAAGCAAGUAAAUGUAACCAAUUGAUAUGAGAAUAAAAUACAAAUAAAAAACUGGUAAAGAUUA